CAAAAAUUCUUAUUCCUUGGUGGUGAUCAUUGACGAAAACCACAGUUGCACAACAAGAUACAAACAGCAACGAGAAAAAACCCGAUCAAGUUCGAUGUAAUGAAAACCCCUUAAGGUCCCAUUGAUUAAUUCCUGGGAGUGAUUUGAGCGUGGGAUGUUUGUUAUAUGACGCAGCCUUCACCUAACGCUUGCGGUGCAACAUUGACCACCCCACAUAUAUGGACGGAACGCCAUCGUGAAUACCCUUCAAUUAUACAAACCAGUCCAUAUGGAAAAAGACACAAGAGACCGAAUUCGUGUCCCACCUUCAAGUUUUCUCGGCUUCAACACCGAAUUUGCAAAAGAAAAGGCAAAGUUCUUGGAGGCGAGGAAACUGAAAGAACAUAACAGCGCGGCGGGAAAUCCAAACAGAAGCCUUAAAAGAAUCCCAUUGAAAAAAGACAUUCCUGUAAGCCAUCAAACCCAAUCCAAAAAGCUCAAGCUGAAGCAUGCUCCAGACGUAACGGAAGAGGAGCUGCGGAAGAGCAAAGAAGCACUGGAACACAAAGCAAAGCUGUACGACGACCUUGUUCGUCACGGCGGACCAAAUGUCCAUGAGGAGGAGCAGGGUGACACAGAAAUGGGUGACUACUUAGUCGACUUCACGAAAAAAUGGGCAGAAAGCAACGAGGGUGAGAACGAACAAAUGGAAAUCGUCGACGAGUUUGGCCGGACACGCAAGGUCUCUAUCUUCGAAGCUGGUUCCACUCUGCUGGACCAAAGCGAAAAGUACAAGCCAGAACAUGUCAUUUAUGGCGAUUACAUGCCCGAAUUCCAUAUUCCCGAAGAAACGAUGCGAGAGAUUUGGUCGCACAAAGAAAAACUCGCCGAGCAUUAUGAUGCGAGUAAGGAAGUUCGUUCAAAAGGCGUUGGAUUCUACCAAUUCUCCCUCGAUGAAAUGGAGCGCCAGAAACAAUUCGAGUCGCUCGCUGAGCUGCGUCAACAAACGAUCCAGGUGCAAGAGAUGCCGAGAACAGACACGUUUUACUAUUACAUGAGGCAUUUGGAAGAACGAAAAGAGCGACUGCGGCAGGAAUACAAUCGACGUAUUGGAGAGAAUUGGUUGGACACGACAGCAAUCCUGCCGUAAGCCAGAUAAAAAAAGAGACGAAUCAAUUAUAACGAGGCAUCAAAAUUAGUUUGUAUGCAGCUUUUUCUGUUUAGUAAACCAAAACGGAAACACGUGCUGUAGCAAACGAUAAAAACAGACAGUCAAAUCGAUACCAAUGGCGGUGAUUGUUGGAAGUAGCAUAAAUAAGGCGUUUGACACAGCAAAC